CAGUUAUCUUCUUCGCAAAAGCUUGUGUAUGUGUAUGUAUGUUCACAACAAGCAGAGUCAAAUAAAUGUGCACAGAAUACACAGUCAACUGAAUGUGCAACACACGGUACAUUACAAGGUGCUGCAAUCCCUCCAGAGGAUGAAAAUUUGAAUGAUGUUGAACAAUGCUCAAAUGAUGAUGAUUAUGUUCCAUCUAAUGAUGAGUCUGAUGAUUAUUCUAGUGAGGAUGGACUCUCUGAUGAUAAUUUGGGGACAGAUGAUGAGGAAUAUCUUGCUGCAAGGAGGGAUAGGGUAAUGUCUAAGAAAUCCAAAAAUGCUGAAGUUAUUAAGGAAAGUUCAGUUGUUAGAGACUUGGAGUCAGAUUAUGAAAAUUCUGAUGGUUCAGUGAACACUGAUUCACCUAUUUCUGAACAUGGACAGGUUGAAGAUGAUUCUGCUGGGGUGUCUAGUUCUAAGAAGAAGUUAGUAGUGUAUGACCCUAAGUGUGAUCACAGUACUUUACAGUUUGUGUUGGGUAUGAGGUUUGACAGUGUAAUGCAGUUGAAAAGUGCAAUUCAAAAAAGUGCCAUUCACAAUGGGUGUAACAUUCAAUUCAUGAGAACCAGUCAAAAGCAAGUUGAAGCAAGAUGUAUUGAUAGUUGUCCAUGGAGAUUGUAUGGCAGUUUAGUUCAAUCUGAGGGUAGAGUUGCCAUCAAAAGAUUGGUGUCAGAGCAUCAAUGCUUUAGGGACAUUAGGACCAUACAAGCAACUUCUCAGUGGGUAGCAAAUGAGUAUUUGGAAAAGUUCAGGAAACAACCUAGUAUAAAGGCCUCAGAUAUGCAGGACCUUAUUAUGGACAAGUUUGGAGUACAACCAUCCAAAUGGAAGUUGUACAGAGAGAAAUACAAAGCUCUUGAGAUUCUAAGAGGCUAUGAAUCAGAACAUUAUGGGUGCCUCAGAAACUAUAUUGCUGAGUUGCAGAGGGUGGAUAGAAAUGGGAGAUUUGAAAUGUUAUUAGAAGAAGGACAUGUUUUCAAGGCUUUCUUUGUUGGCUUCAGUGCUUUGAGGGAAGGGUUUCUGCAAGGAUCUAGGCCAAUAAUUGGAUUUGAUGGUUGUUUUUUAAAGACAUUUCUGGGAGGUGUGUUGUUGUGUGCAAUUGGAAAAGAUGGGAACAACCAAAUAUAUCCUUUGGCUUGGGCUAUUGCUGACUCAGAGAAUGAAAACAACUGGAGGUGGUUCUUAACCAUAUUGUUUCAAGAGCUUAGAAUAGAGGAUGGUUUGGGUUGGACAUUCAUUAGUGACCAACAAAAG